UUUUUUUCUACCUUUUCCUGCAGCUUACUUAUGGUCGAAACUCAGAAUUCCCUAGGGAUUUUUGAGGGGAAGCCUGGCAGUCUGCUGUUCAGUUAUAGCCAGCAGUUGCUGUCGAGCAACAAGUUUUAUACGGCUGGUAAACUGAUUGCUUGGUCGAUAGCACACAAUGGGCCAGGGCCACGGUGUAUCAAUAGACACCUGUUCUGUAUGAUGUGUGGCCAGAAGACAUCUCUUGAUGACUUUGAUGUCGAGGUCUUCAUGGACGAAGACAUUAAACAGAACAUAGAAAAGGUUUCCAACUGCAGCACCCCAGAAGACCUGGCAGACUUGAAAAGUCACCUUGGGGACUGGAUUGCAGGCUGUGGUAUCCCUGACAUCUACACUGCCACACUACUUGAUGUUAAGAGGAUAAGGGGCGAGAUUGUAUCUCAUUUUGCGUUUCACAGGGUUGCCAGCAUGAUUCAACAGUUUGUUGCCGGUAUGGACUCGUGUGGUCAGUUCUGGCAAAUGGUGAAGAGAUGCUGGAAGCAGUUCCUUCCUGUAUUUACAAAUGCAGGAAAUAAACUUACAAGGAACAGCUUCCAGGAUCUCUUCACCAUUGGAUGGAGUCCAGCUGGAAGUAACAGACGUGAAGAAGAGGAAGCCACCAUCUUUCAGUGGGAAUGGUGGCUUAUGGCCAUUCAGGAGCAAGAGGUGGACCACACGUUUGAGGAGCUGCUGGUCUUUAUAACUGGGGCUGACUUGCUUCCACCACUGGGGUUCCCACAGUCCUGCAACAUAGACUUUUACGAUCAGGAGUCAGGGAUGCGGCGCAUCCCAUACGCAUCAACGUGCAGCUUAUCCCUGUAUCUCCCAAGAGGUGUUGCAGAUGAAGAUCAAUUUAAAGAUCUUAUGAACGAUGCAUUAAAAGGAUCCCUGGGAUUUGGAAAGGUGUAGCUGCAUACAUGAACUGAUGCUGGGAAGCUGGGGUUAAAACCUGUGGGCUUUUGGGAUGAAGUUGUUAUUGUGUUCUUAAGUGGGAUCUUAAAGGGGAUUGCUCCUGGCACUCAGGCUUCUUAAAGAUUAAACAUUUUAAAAUUGUUUUUACAAAUGACUGUUCAUUGUGUAUAUAGUUAUAUUUAUAGUCCAGUUAAGACAACUGGGGUAUGCAUGCAUCAAGCCAUGCAAAAUAAGUGGUGUUCAGAAAGUUUCCAGGAAAUAGUUCAAAUGACAAUUCAUCUAGAAAGAUUGUUGUUUAUGUUCAAUUAUAGUACACUGCAUAGAGUGUGGGUUUUUUUUUUUUUUUUUUUUUUUAAAUUUCUUUAUUGUUUUUCAAGAUGUACAAUAGAUGCCAAACAAACUUUGAACUAAAAGACACUGACUUUUGUAAAAUAAAAGAUUGUAGUGUCAGUUCUCAUGGUGUCUUGUCUGUUUACAAAUUAAAGUUGAGGCUUACCUGUUACUGUCAAAUACUGGCAUUAGGUUCCAUUGACGAGGGCUAUGUAGUACAAUUAUGUGCUUAAGUCCAGGUAAAUGGUUCAAUGAAUUUACCCUCAUCUGUUCGCAAACCAAGAACUCAAGAAUCAGCUCAACUCACACUUAAAAGUUAUGAAUUAAUGUUACUGCUUUCGAGAACAAAGCAGUUUUAACAAACUGACUUUAAACUUUGGUGUUAACUCUGAGAUUGGCACCUGGCCUUUGACUAUAACCUGGUUAAAAAUCAAUUUGAGGACUCUGAACAUGUGUCAGUGCUGACCGUGAUAUCAUUUUUGUUAAAUUGUUCGAGGGGGAGUUCUAUGGAAACAUUUAAGACUUCUGCCUAAUUUUACAUUUAUAUAGUUUCACAUAAACUUUGUAGUGAAUUAUGUAAAUGUGGUAGAAUUAUGUAAGAGAUGAUGGCUGUAAAGCUAGUGUUUUUUGCAAAAAAUAACAUCAAGAUAAUGAACACUGGUAUUAAAAUCAUAUUUUAUACAUAAGGCACUAACUGUAAUUAUCAAAGUAAAGAAAAUGAUUUGUUAGACUCAGUUGGUGAACGAUGCUUAAAAAGUGUGUAGCAAUUCGGACAGUCAAUCCAGUGAUUGCUUUGCUUUUUCUAUGGUCACGGCUUACCUACUUUAUUACAGUCAUUUGGCUGUACAUGACAAUAUAUUUAGCUACAGUUCCUUCUGCUUGUUUAGGUUUCUCCCUGUGUUCUAGGUUCAUUCAGCCCAACCUCAAGAAACUUGUCUGCUUGCCUACUGUCAUCUCUACAAGCCUCAUCAUAUUCAUGCUGUCUGACUCUGCUGAUAAGGAACCAAUAUCGCUGAAAUGAACAGUCGCUUUAUAGCCUAUAUUUUUAAACCUCAGUUCAUCCAAAAACGGGAUUACACAGUGGUACAUGUUUAUAGAUCAAACACUCUAAAAAUGAAUGUUUUUCAUUUUCCCUAAUGUGUGUGCACAAAGGACACAGCCACCAGUGCUUCUACAGUGUUUGUUUUUAAUUUUAGCUACAGGGUGGUUUUAAUAAAUGUCACACAUGAACUUGUAAUCUCUGAAAAAUAAGGGGAAAAGGUGAGAUUUGAAGUGACUAACUUCAAGAUACCUUCAAUGCACUAAGUCGGAAGAAGAAAAUUAACUCCCCUUUAGCUGCUUAAACCAAAGAGCUUGAAGCAGAGGAAGAGAGUUAUCUUUGUAGAAUGUCUGCCAGGUCUAUUGAGUUAAGGGAAAAAAGCCACAUCAAAAUAUGUUCACAACUGUCUACUGACAGUGAAGAUGUAAAAUGACAUAAGGGAAUGCCACAUAUUUCUCUUCUUGUGGUUUCCAAAAACAAUUUUAAAAGAGGCUAUACACAUGACAUUUUUUCUACUUAAUUUACUCGUGUGUGCCAUCCAGAGGGAAAUACCUCGUAAUCAGAAUCGCAUUAAUUGGCAAAGUAUAUGCGCAAACACAUACAAGGAAUUAGGUUCCAAUUGAGGGCGUCUCUCAAGUACAAAAAUGUAAAACACAAUCCAUCUAUGUGUAUGGACAUACAUAAAUACACAUGCACACAGGUGUAUAAACUAACAAUAUAAUACACAAUCUAAUUCUUUUAUACAGAAAUUACAGGUUUACAGAAGUUAAUACCAAAGAGUGCAGUUGCAGUCUAGCAGUGUGACAGUUCAACCACUUAGGAGGGAGAUGGCGAGGGGAAAGAAAAUGUUCCUGUGUCAGGUGGUCCUGGUUUGCGGGCUUCUAUAUUGUCUACCAGAGGGCAGUGGGUCAAUAAGUCUAUGUCCAGGAUGUGAGGGGUCUGAUGAUUUUCCAUGCCUGUUUCCUGGUUCUUGAAAGAUGCAGGUCCUGGAUGGAGGGCAGGGGGUGCCAUUACAAUUUAAGGCUAUUAUACAGUGGUAUUACUUUAAACUGAGUAAAACGGUAUUUUGAUAAAAGGUCUCCGUUUGUUACAGAAAAAGCAUACUGUCAUUUAUUUGCUUUUAUUAUUUAUUUAUAUGCCCUCCGCGGACCAUCCCUGCACACUAAGGGCUGCGCACAGGGAGAAGGCGCACUAGGUUACGAUCAGAUCUUCCCUGGGCAGGGAGAGGUGAUGAACUGUAUGCCACUUUUUCAUUGGCAUACAUUAAGUACAAUGUUUUAUUGCCUACGGUGGGGCAGGUCACAUACUGGGUGAAGGUGGGCAGUGUGGAGUCCAGCGAGACAUGAUUAAAGUCCCCUGAUAUUAGAAGAAGAGCUCUCGGAGAUUGCGUCUGCAGUCUGCGGACCACAGAGAGUCACAGGCUGCCUCCACGGAUGCUAACGGCUAUUAGCUCAAUGUCUCUGUUGCAGAGUUGUUCUUUCACAGCAAUGUGCCCAGGGAUACCACAGCUGUCUUUAACAAACACUGCCCAGUCCCCCUCCUUUCCUCUCACCGCUGUCUCUCGUCUUGUCCGGCCGCAGCAGCUGGAAGCCGGGCAGCCUACUCACAGAGGGAGUACCGGGCAGUGUCGGGGUACUGCCACUGUGACCGGGUUAGCGUCAUUAGCUCCUCAAUCAUAUCAGGGAGCGA